GAAAUUUUCAUUUUGAGCAGUGGUAACACUUUUCUGCUAUCUUACUUUUUCAAUUAUUUUUUGCGCCUCUUUGACUGCUUAAUAUCGUUUAUUAAUUCUGAUUGCUACGUACCAAGAAGAGGAAAAACGCUAUCUAAUUCGUGCUAGAAAGUUAAGUGACUUCCUAACACGUGGCAACCCUGCUCGCCUGCGACAAGAAAACACUCAAAAGCGGGCUCAAGAGCAAUCGGAUAUUCCUCUGCAUCCGAAGCCAACAACUGUGAAUUGUACCGUUGUCCCUACAGCUGCAACAACAAAUUGCUAAAGCCACGAUGUUUACAAACGACUCGGUGCGCCAAAUACUCGCGGAUCUUAUUGAAGAGACCCAGACACCCAUUACACCGGACGACAUCAUUCGGGAGUUCCGCGCCACGUAUGACCGCCGCCUGUCCGUCGACAAGCUGAUCGACGUGCUGGUGACCAUCAGCAGGAAGCGUCCACAAUUUUUGGAGGUGACCAAAGAGAUUACGGAGAUUCUCAGGACAAAAGAUCCUAUGUUUGCACUUCUCGUCUUCGCCGAGCGGUACAGUAACGACGAGAGAUUAAAGGCCCCGUUUCCGCCCCGUCUAAUAGGCAUGGCUUCCGUCUCAAGCCGCCCCAGGAAGACUAGCCUGUCAAGUAAGUCGCCCUCAAAAAAGUCUUCUUCUUCCUCCAUAUCUGGUUCCGCCUCCGCGACCUCGAUCGCUUCGACAUCCACCACCUCCUCCUCCUCCGCUGCUGGAGCUGACUUCGUUCGCAGUAACGCCGAGGACCUUCGGAGUCAGACCGAGUCUGCUCGGAGUCAUUCCGAAUCCACCCGAAGUCAAGUCGAGUCAGGUCGCGGUCAUGCCGACUCCGUUCGCAACCACGUCCUGGAGCCACGCAAAUCCCAAGCCAUUCCGACAUCGACACCUGUAAACAACCGCAAGGUUGUUGACGGCGACGCCAGCGCCGGCCAAGAUGUGUUUGGCAAGCCCCAACACUCGCAACCGCUUCAAAGCCAGGAGUCACAACCCAAGGAAGAGCUGGACCGGGAGCGAUGUGGUUUAAGUGUGAUUAAGGAACGCGUUUUAAACGCCGUUUCCAACACUUCGAUAGGCAGCUCUCGUUCCCUUGGAGGCGAGUUGCUUGGAGGAAAGUCGGCUACCAGCCUACGGAGUGGAGGCGCUCCAUACAUAGCACCGCCGGUGGGCACUCCGGACGAAUAUCGCACUCAUAUGCUGUGGGACUAUUGCAAUGUUGAGGGUGCCAAGAUGCCACAGCCCGAGAUUGGUGCCCUUCCUUUAAAUGGCCAGCAGCGUGUGGUGCUCACGGAGCUUCUAUACUGUCUGACGGGCGUGCGCGGCAGUUUCAUCUCGCCCAUCACCUCUGAUCCAGAUAGCGACGGUGUGAGCCGUUUCGAGACAAGCUUUACUGUUCACGCGCAGCUGGACCGCUCAUUAGUAGAGCUGGUGCGGGAAAUUCUUCCACUGGCAUCGCAUUUCGUGGGCAUUCAAAGGAUUGUCACUGAGACGAACAACCAAGGGCAGGUUAUCAACUCGUUGAACGAGGCUCUGCAAAACCUGACCCAUGACUUCUAUCUGCUACUCAUCCAAGCGGAGCAGGAACUGCAAAUGCAGCAGCUCACAGUACAGAAGCUGCUAUUCUACCUGCAUCCAACAAAGUGGGUGAUGGAGGAGAUUUGGACGUCGCUGGUGGACCUGCAGCUAACUGAGCUGCGGGGUGCAGCCGUGCUGUCACACCUGCACGCACGAAUAAAGCGACUGGAAGGCGACAGAGCUGCCCAGCAACUGAUCAUUGGACUGACACGUAAGGCGGCCGAACCGUACAUGCAAAUGUUGCAGCUUUGGAUCCAAAAGGGAGUGAUUGUAGACCGCGGGCAGGAGUUUCUCGUUGAGGACAACGAGGUGAUUCACCGCAACGAGCUGCCGGAGCACUACUCGGACGACUACUGGGAGAAGCGCUACACCGUUCGCCGCGACCGCAUUCCAACGUUCCUGGAAAAAUACUCCGACAAGAUCCUGCGCACUGGGAAGUACCUGAACGUUAUCCGGCAGUGUGGCAAGCGAGUGAUGCCCACGCAGCAGAUGGAGCUUGAGUUCGACCCGAGCAGUGAGCGUCAUGUGACUGUGAUCAAUGAUGCGUACUAUUUUGCGGCCCGCAUGCUGCUGGACGUUCUGCUGACUGAGAACGACCUAAUGGGCCAUCUGCAGUCGGUGAAACGUUACCUAUUGCUCAACCAGGGCGACUUCACCAUGCAGUUUAUGGACGCCUGCGAGGACGAGUUGUCCAAGAACGUGGACCUAGUGCUGCCCAUGACACUAGAGAAUUUGCUGGGGCUCACUCUGCGUCUCUCAUCCGCCCGCAACGAUCCCUACAAGGACGACCUGCAUUGCGAGCUGCUCACCUAUGACCUGGUCACUCAGAUGUCCAAGAUCAUGAAUCAGAAAGAGGAGUACUGGCAGUCCCAGGACCGCCUCGACCUCAGUGGUCUCGAGUGCUUCGCUUUUACCUACGAGGUCAAGUGGCCGGUCUCGUUGGUGCUUAACCACAUAGCCAUUUCCAAAUACCAGAUGUUGUUCCGGCAGCUUUUCUACUGCAAGCACGUGGAGCGGCAGCUUUGCAAAAUCUGGAAGGAGAACUCCAUAGCCAAGAAGUUUUCGCCGCAUGCGGCGGAGCUGUACCGCUCGGCGUUCACACUGCGUCAGCGCAUGAUGAACGCCAUCCAGAACCUUGAGUACUACAUGAUGAUCGAAAUCAUCGAGCCCAACUGGCACAUCUUUAUAGAGAAGAUGAAGAAGGUAGAGAAUGUUGACAAUGUGCUUCGACUGCACCAGGACUUCCUAGACUCAUGUCUUAAGAACUGCAUGCUAACGGAAUCUUCGCACCUGAACCGUGCCAUCUUCAAGCUCUGCAAGAUUUGUCUCAAGUUCUGCGAGUUUAUUCAGCGCUCGCAGCGUUUCUUUCUGGACGCCGAGCUCAAGUCCAUGGUCUGCGAUAGCAGUGACGACAGCACGGACAGCUCAGAGUCCGAUCCGGAAUGCUCGCACCGGCCACAGGUGGAGAGUACCUUGGAUCCAACCGAUACGUUUUCGGAGCGGGUAAAACGCUUUGACCUGGAGUUCACCGGCCUGCUCAUAUCCUUCCUGAAGCAAAUCAACAACAUGGCCAAGAAGAAUACAGCAGACCGCUUCAUGAACCUCGUCCACCGAAUCAACUUCAACGCUUUCUACACCGACCAAAUGGACAAGCUCUGCAUGAAUGAUGCCUUGGGUUAAAAGUCGAGUCCCCACACCAAGUCACUACGAAAAAGCCGAAACGACAAGAUCGAAGUAUUAGGAGUGGAUUACAUAAGCCUACAACAGAAAUUUUUAAUUUAGGUAGAAUCAUUCCAGCAUGUCUUCAUAUUGGCCAUACCCACACGCACAAGCGCCCAAAUUGUUUCUCAUUUAGCUUUAAAUUGUCAACUCGAAUAUUUAUUUUUAAUAAACGCCAUAAAAUUCCACCUAA